CUCCACAUCUGCUAUCGCGGAGCCGUGAAGUGAAGGAUGUGUCAGUAGCGUGGAGAGCAGAUAAAGAGACGCACAUGUUCUAGCCUCGUGUGCGACAUCCGGUCCAGCAUGGCGCUCACCGUCUUCGAGAACAAACUUUUCCUGUUUGUUGCGUUGACGUCGCUGAUAAAUGGAUGCGUCGCCUCCAAGAUAUUGGUGGUUGUUCCAGCGCCUUCCAUCAGCCACCAAAAGCCGUUCCAUAUCUUGACAAAGGCUCUGCUGCAAAGGGGACACCAAGUAACUCUAUUCACUACAAAUCUUAUGAAUAUGUUGCACGAAAACCUGACGGAGAUCGACCUAUCUGUAGGCUACAAGAUAUUCAAGGAAGUGGACCUGGUAGAGGCGGCUAGGCAGACGCCUGUGGAGUCCCUCCCACUCAUUCGAGAGCCUGCAAAAACUUUUGUUCGUUGGCAGCUUAGCGAACCCGCUGUACAAGACUUCAUCAAGGGGAACCACACGUUUGACCUGGUCAUCAUGGAGCUCAUGCCGUUCCAGGCGUUCUACGGCCUGGUCCACAAAGUGGGAUCUCCACCGUUGGUCGGAAUGAUUACGCUGUCUGCUUUCGCACCAAAUUACCUAUCCCUGGGAAACCCAAUGAACCCAGCAUACGUGCCAGACGUCUGGGUCGGCUACUCGGACCACAUGAAUUUCUGGCAACGCCUUUACAACACAUACUUCUACCUCGUGUUCUAUUACACGUGGUACUUCGAUAUACUGCCGAACCAGGAGGCCAUCCGGAGGGAAUAUUUUGGACCAGAUGGACCGUCGGUGUACGACACAAACCGUAACUUCAGCCUCUUCAUCCUCAACAACCAUUUCGCUACGGAAUACCCCCGUCCGCAUCUACCCAGCGUCGUAGAGAUAACUGGAAUUCACAUUGAGGCCCAGGCCACGCCACUGCCUAAGGACAUCCAGGAGUUCAUGGACGGAGCGGAACACGGAGUGAUCUACUUCAGUCUCGGCUCCAACGUCAAGAGUAAUUCGUUGCCUUGGGAGAAGAUACAGGCCUUCCUGGAUGCGUUUCGAGAGCUGCCACAGCGAGUCCUUUGGAAAUGGGAGAACGACUCGUUGCCUGGACAACCAGAUAAUGUUAUGAUCAACAAGUGGCUGCCACAGCAGGGUGUCCUAAGUCAUCCGAAGGUCCGCCUCUUCAUCACGCAGGGAGGUCUUCAGAGCAUGAACGAAGCAACGUACCACGCAGUGCCGUUCCUAGUCAUCCCAUUCUUCGCUGACCAGGCGCACAAUGCAGCCAAGAUUGCGCAGGCGCAGCUGGGAGUCAGGCUGGAGUUCGACGACGUCGCCAAAGAAACAGUGCUGCGCAGUUCGCGUUCAGUUCUGGAGGAUCCAAAGUACAGAGAGAACAUGAGGAGGAUGUCAGCAAUAUUCCGCGAGCACCAGGCUGACUCUUUGGAGCGCGCCGUGUGGUGGGUGGAGUACGUGAUACGUCACAAGGGGGCCCCACACAUGCGUAGUGCUGCGCUAGACCUACACUGGUGGCAGUUUCUGCUGCUCGACGUCAUCGCCUUCAUUCUGGUGGCAGCGGCUGCGGUAGCUGGUGCCACGUUCUACCUCGUACGGGGAGUGAUUGUGACGGUGAAGAAGGGUUUCAGACAGAAAGAAAAGAAGCAGUGACACAUCCUCUGUGUUCUCUAACAAUAAUUGCUCUUUGAUUGCAGGAAAUAUUAUGUAUAUUAGUGCAAAUAAUUUAUUGACGGCCUACUUACAUUUUCCACACGUGUGCGAUCACUGUAUAUCAAUGCAAAUAAUUUAUUGAUGGCCUAGUUACAUGUUCCAUUUGUGUGUGAUCACGAUAAAAUAAUCAUCAUUAACCGUUUUGUGAUCUUUAUUUUAUAGUACAUUGUCGUCUGUAUUGUCACUGAACUACCAUAGUUGAUACACAAGUUCAAGGGGAAUUUUCUAGGAUUCUUCAAGGGGAGAGUGGUGUUACAGCAUUUCCCACGUCAGUCAUCAGAUAUCACAAGUACAGAUAAAUUCUUUUCCACG